UCCUUCCUCCUUACCCUCUCUCACUCUUUCUUUCACUCACUCACUCACUCACUCACUCACUCGCUAGAACAAAGGAAUCCGAUGGAGGGCAAGGAGCAGGACGUUUCCUUGGGAGCCAACAAGUUCCCGGAGAGGCAGCCCAUUGGGACGGCGGCGCAGAGCCAAGACGACGGAAAAGACUACCAGGAGCCGGCCCCCGCGCCCCUCAUUGACCCCUCCGAGUUCACCUCAUGGUCUUUCUACAGAGCAGGCAUAGCAGAGUUCGUUGCCACUUUUCUCUUCCUCUACAUCACCAUCUUGACCGUCAUGGGUGUCAACAGGUCCCCUUCUAAGUGCCAAUCCGUCGGUAUUCAAGGAAUCGCUUGGGCCUUCGGUGGCAUGAUCUUCGCCCUCGUUUACUGCACCGCUGGCAUCUCAGGGGGUCACAUAAACCCGGCGGUGACGUUCGGCCUUUUCUUGGCUCGGAAGCUGUCGUUGCCUAGGGCGGUGUUCUACAUAGUGAUGCAGGUGUUGGGUGCUAUUUGUGGUGCUGGCGUGGUGAAGGGUUUUGAGGGAAAAACGAGGUACGGUUUUUACAAGGGUGGUGCUAACUUUGUUGCCCCUGGUUACACCAAGGGUGAUGGCCUUGGUGCUGAGAUUGUUGGCACCUUUGUCCUUGUCUACACCGUUUUCUCUGCCACCGAUGCCAAGCGUAACGCCAGAGACUCUCACGUCCCCAUUUUGGCACCCUUGCCAAUUGGGUUCGCUGUGUUCUUGGUUCACUUGGCCACCAUCCCCAUCACCGGAACUGGUAUCAACCCUGCUAGGAGUCUAGGUGCUUCCAUCAUCUUCAACAAGGACCUUGGUUGGGACGAUCAUUGGAUCUUCUGGGUGGGACCCUUCAUUGGUGCAGCCCUUGCGGCUCUUUACCACCAGGUUGUAAUCCGGGCAAUUCCCUUCAAGUCCAAGUGAUGAUUGAAUCAAACGGUUGAGCAAUGUUUGUGGCUUUCGGUUUCAUUUUCAUCUGUUUUUAAUCUUAAGUGGUUGUAUUUUGUAUGUAAAGAUGUAAAAUUAUGAAUGAUUAUUAGGGGGUGCAUGUGUCGCGUCAUGGGCCACAGUUAUCCUCUACUUUUAAGUUGGAAGAGGCCCAGCUCAUGUGUGUGAUUGUGUAUUUUGCCAAAUCAAAAAUAACACCAGAGUCAUAUUUAUGCAUCUUUUCUUUUGAUUAAAUUUAAUUUCCUCUAGACCUCUCUGUAAUAUUUGUCCUCUUCCCCCAAGUAUAUGCCAAGGUUCGGUUUCUUUAUC